UAUGCCAACGUAGACGGAUAUUGCAAGGGGAACGCGACGGGGAAGCUAGUUCAGUGUCGACCGACGUAGGAGACUCGUCGUCGUUCGGUGGUUUUUUUUUUCUCUCUCCACGGUACGAAAGUUUCCGUCAGGUGCCUGUUGUUUUCCUUUCGUUCUGCUUGUUUCUCGGCCGACGCGUCGCCGGCACGGACGGGACACACGCGCGACCAGGGAAACGAUCGACCAGACACACGGUCACCGUCGCUCGAACGUCGCGAAGUUUGUUCAUUUGCCCGAACAGAAAGCAGAAACCAACAUGUGGCUAAUGUUUCGACGCGGUGCGAGACGUCUCGCUAAAAAUACGUUCGCCAAACGAUCGAAGCGCUGCCAGGAGGUCGGCGAAACCGCGGAUCAGUGAUGUCGUGCCGCGGAGGAGCGAAUCUUCGAGCGACGCCAGUGACAACGUGCGUACGUCGCCGGGCAUUUCAGAAACGGUCGUGAUAUGAAAAUUCACGCAUUCGGAACAGUACAUGAACGCCGCGAACAACCAGCAGUCUCCCGUCGCUCGGGACAACCAUCGAUGGAGGAAAACCGUACGGAGAGAUUAUUCGGAACGGACCGUUGUCCCGAACUAAUGAAACCGGACGGCAAACGAGGGAAGAGCGUUCGUUAAGAACGAUGAAGCAAUCGUGAUUUUGCAACGGUGCGCGAACUGUGGCGCUUUUCUUUUUUUUUUUUCUUCGUCGUGCACGAUUCAAAGUUUGACAGAGCGUCGAUUCGAGACUGGUCGCGUGCCGUGAGUCGUCGACGACGCGAAAUGAUCGCGAUACCUUGGCGGACGUAACAGCGUUUCCCGUCAUAUGUGCAGCACGCGGUAUGUUUCAAUCGCGGAUCGCGUAAAACCAGGCGGAACGAUCACCACUCGCGAACGGAGCAUGAACGCCGAUUAUCAGGUCUUGAUAUGAUGAAGCCAUCCAUGAAAAUGGGGGUGAUAGCCUUGAUAGGUGUGUUCGUGGUGUUCUACCAAUAUCAUCUGUCCAGCGGCAUUCGAUUCGACCAGAUAUCCGAUUUCAACAGCGGCUCCGCCGAGGACAACCCGGUGCUGUCUCAGGAGGAAGUGGAGAAUUACGUCAGGUCGUCAAAAUUCACCGAAGAAAUAAUCAGGAACACGGUUCGGAAAGUUCAAGAAACGAACGGUCUCAGUCCAGACGUCGCGACGUUGCUAGUCCAGGAACUGAUGAAUCAUCUGCACAAAAAUAUCUUGGAGCUCUCCGUGAACAAUUCGAAGGUUCCAGCGACGACGUUGCAGACCGUGUCCAGGACUGUCGAGACGCCUAAACCGUUGUACAUAAUCACGCCGACGUACCGCAGGCCCGAACAGAUUCCGGAGCUGACCAGGAUGUCGCACACGCUGAUGCUGGUGAAGAACGUCCAUUGGCUCGUUAUCGAGGACGCGACCGUAGCCACGAAACAAGUCACCAGGCUGCUAGAGCGUACGGGAUUGCAGUUCGACCAUAUGACUGCCCCGAUGCCCGAGAAGUACAAGCAGAAGAAGGGCGCAAAACCGCGUGGCGUGUCGAACCGGAAUCGUGGCUUACAGUGGAUCAGGGCGAACGCAACAACAGGCGUCUUUUAUUUCGCCGACGACGACAACACCUACGACAUAACCCUUUUCGACGAGAUCCGUAGAACGAAAAGGGUAUCGAUGUUCCCCGUGGGCUUGUGCACCAAGUUCGGUCUUAGCUCGCCGAUCAUCAAGAACGGAUCGUUCGUCGGUUUCUACGACGGUUGGAUCGCCGGCAGGAAGUUCCCCGUCGACAUGGCGGGUUUCGCCGUGAGCGUGGAAUUCCUGCUACAAAGGCCGAACGCUACGAUGCCGUUCAAAGCUGGAUACGAGGAGGACGGUUUCCUCAAGAGCCUAACGCCGCUCGAACCGAAGGAUAUCGAGUUUCUCGCCGACAAUUGCACCAAGGUGCUCGCGUGGCACACGCAGACGAAGAAAAACGAGCCCAGCGUGCCGCUAAACUUGAAGCUGUACGGUGAAACGAACCUCGUUAAGUUGAAGCAGCAAAUAGUAUGAUGUUCGAUCCGCCGUGACGACAGAAGAUUAUACCGAGUUCGAUCUAGUUUCGCGUUGCUUGGUACGGUGGCCGUGACCGGGAAUCGUUCACAAACAAAGUGAUUCAGUGCCUGAAGUAUUAUAAUGUACGGUCGGUGUGACAGGAAAUUUUCCUUUUCGUUUUUCUACCCUUUCUAUAUGUAUAUAUAUAUUUUUUUUUUGUUCGAGUCAUACGAAAUUAGCAGAAGAUUUUUUUCUUUCGUUGUCACACGUGAGUGGAGCAGAAAAUAAGCACCCAAACCUAUUACCGAACACGUAGGCUCUGCAUUGCGUAGCGUUAAUAGUUAUUUUGUAUAUUAAUAUUUAGGUUUUAGUUACGAUGGUUACAGGAGUCCCUGCUUUACAGUCCGCAGCGUAGAUCGAAUCCGGACGUUUAUGCGGGAAAUCGACUUCCUGGAAUUUGAAUAAAGGAACUGGAGAGUCGAGUUCGUUCAUCUUUUCAACGGACGUCUUUUCUUUUCUUGCUAAUAAAAGGAGGCUGUGGAAGUCGACUUUCGAAGGUGUAUAAUUUUUCAUACGCGGCACAGAUUCAAAUCUUGCUUUUGCAUUUUUAAAUCAUCAUUUUGUAGCAUAAUACAAUUUUUCUUUAAAGAUAAAAUUUACAUAUAUUUUUGUAAUUUAUUUAAAUAGAUUAUUCGUACUCUUACGAUUGAAUUCUGAAGUCGGCGACGUUGAAAAAAGGAAGAAUUAUACUGUACGAAAUCUGAAACCGCCGGUUAGUAAGAAAUGGAAAGACGUACGUCUGUUGAGAAGACGGUGCAUUGCUAAAAAUUGUUACUAAAAACUUCGAUGAUAUUUUGAACAUUGUAUCGUGUCUUAUAUACGUCGAUUUCGUCGGCGAGUGAAAGCUCACACCGAGGUCCCAAUUUACGGGAAUCGGUGGAGCGACGGGAACGCCUUAGCGGGGAGAAAUGCGAACGCUAAAGCGGGGACUACCGUAAGUACGUUCCCCGUAGGCCAAUGACCAAUUAGCGCAAAAGAAAUAAUUCAGUUUGGGAGUUACACGCGAUGCAAAGACACUAUGAUAAAAGAAGCAAGGGAAUCGUGUUAGGAAGAAUUUACCAAUGAGUACAAUAUCUUUACAUUAUCUUCCGUUUCGAUUUGCAAAUCGUUUUGCUUUUUCUAUAUCUGUUGGUUAGUCGCGAACCCGAUACAUGAUCGAUGGACGUGCACCGUCGGUAAACGUAACGUGGCUAAGGUUUCUUCAACUUUUUGUAGCGUAUAGACGAUCGUAAGUUACCUUCUUUGUACUUAUCGUUGUAGAAAUAUUACUUUCCACUAUUUAUCGUACCAAAAAUAUUUUACCGUGGCGCAACAACGAUUUUGUCGUGUGUCGGCUCGUUCGCGACGUAGAGUUUAUUUGAAUUGUACAGAAACUCGAUAUUUAAGACUUUUGUUUGUUUGCGUCUAUUUUAGUAUUUUUUUUUUUUUUUAUUCAUCCAAAGUGAUUCAUUUGCGUUGAACCGAAUUUGCGCUUCUUCGCUUUGGGCCAUCAUCCACGAUGAAUACGAGAUAGUUAUUAGUUUUUAAAAUAUUGUUGGAAAAAGUAACGAGGUGAAAAAUAUAUUUAUGAAAUGUGUUGUGCUUCGAGUGCGUUAUGCAACGAUUCACUUAUCAUCGAACACGUUUGGACUUGUCGUUGCAGUUCAUUUUGGAUGAAAUGCAGAUAAAAAUAAUGUUUGUACUUUUUACUGUGAACGAUCCGAAGCGAAGAAGUAUAAAUUACGGCGUUACAGUAAUCUUCGGAUAACUGAAACGAAGUCGAGUGUUCGGCGUUUCGGUUAGCCAGGACAGGUCCAGAUUUCGUUUCGCGCAGUCGGCCAUUUUUUUUUUCCUCGGACUGAGGCCGAGCCGCGCGCAUACCGUCCGACGGGAAGAAUGAAACAGUCCAAUGGCGAGUCUCGGGAUUCUUGCGUUCAACAGCUCGCAACCGAAAGCAAUAAAAUAUAAAUGGUAAUCUAAAUAAAUGAAAAUUAAAAUUUGUAUUUUUCAUCGGUAGGCGUGAUGUUAGAGUCGACCCCCCCUACAACACGAUUAAUUCGUUCCACGUGAAACGAAACCUACAAUUUAACACGCUUAUCUUGUCAAAUUUUAAUUAACAUUGAUUAGAUGUUUUAUCGCUCGAAUCGAAGGGGCGUUCGCUCGAAGCAACAUAAAUUAAUGGUGGAGAUAAUUUUGUUUCGAUUACUCGGAGAUUACUGUAUUUCCUAUUUGUUUAAAGGAGAAUCGCCUAUAUACACAUAUGUAUAUGAUAAUAUUAUGAAAUAGCUGAUUAAGGGACUCAUUGAAAUUUCGUAAGAAAUAAUAGCGAUUGUUGCACGGUUCAGGAUGACCGAAAUUUCGAUCGUGGAGUGCAAAUAUUCAUAUCGAAUGCAUGCGUAGGUAGGUAAAAAAGAAAAAUACAAUGUAACGAAACGUGUUUCGAGAGAUCUGCGACGAAGCUGUGCUGAGACAUUGAAAUUUUUAAUUAUUCCCUGUCGAAACCAGACGCAUGUUAAGCAUGAACAUUGGCAGACGUACACUUACGAACGCUUCUUAAUAUUAAAUUCUCUUAUUGGCAAUGUUAUGAGACGGGUAUAAACAAAUUUCAGUUGCGAUUUUUUUACGGCAUACAUUUACAGGGUGUUCGGCCACCCCAGGGAAAAAUUUUAAUGCGAGAUUCUAGAGGCCAA